AUGUCUGAAGGCGAUGGGACGGAGGUUGACCACGAAAGUGGAGGCCAGCCUGAUCGAGCUGAGAUCGAGCGCCAACUUGAUGAAGAGUAUCCAAACAGGCCUCACAACAAACACAGAGCGCUGCCCUUCCAUACUCUGAUCAGAGAUCUGUUCCAACCACUCCUAGACAACAGUAGAAGGAAUACCAAUAAACCUGCGGCCGUAAAUCGAAGAAAGCUUGGACCCAAUGGACAGAGCAAUUCUCCUUCCGAAAUACGAAGAGCAGUGAUUGAACGCUAUAUCUCACGUUGGAGGAGAGAUGUCGGCCCUGAUUUCUUUCCGGCCUUUCGUCUCAUCAUUCCCGACAAAGACCGGGAGCGUGGUGUGUACGGACUCAAGGAGAAGGUCCUUGCCAAACUCCUGGUCAAGAUCUUGAAGAUCGACAAGAAUUCCGAGGACGGGCGGAGUCUUCUGGACUGGAAGAGCCCCUCCGCAGUCAGUAAUCCUACUUCUUCGGGAGACUUUCCGUUACGCUGCUAUGGCGUCCUCGCGAAGCGAGAGAUGAGAACGAGUUAUGGCGACAUGGACAUCGACGAAGUCAACGAGCUGCUGGACAAGUUGUCCGCUGCCCCCAGAGAGGAAUAUCAACUACCUAUCUUGACUGAGUUCUAUAAACGGAUGAAUGCCGAGGAACUCACCUGGCUUAUUCGCAUUAUCUUGAAAUCGAUGAAGGUGGGUGCUACCGAGAAGACAUUUUUGCAUAUCUGGCAUCCAGACGCCGAAAACCUUUUCAAUAUUUCGAGUAACCUUCGGAGAGUUUGCUGGGAACUCUGGGAUCCGGACAAACGUCUCGAUAAGGAGGAAAGCGGAAUCGGCCUUAUGCAAUGCUUUCAACCUCAACUCGCUCAAUUUACUCAAGCUCCUCUGAAGAAGGUCGUGCAAAAGCUGCAGCCUACACCUGAUGAACAAGAUUUCUGGAUUGAGGAGAAGCUGGAUGGGGAACGUAUGCAAUUGCAUAUGAUAACUGACGAUACGGUUGUUGGAGGGAAGCGCUUCCAAUUCUGGUCACGAAAAGGCAAAGACUAUACCUACCUCUACGGUAAUGGGCUUUACGAUGACAAGGGUGCUCUCACUCAGUUCUUGAAGAGCUGUUUUAAAGAGGGUGUUGAGAAUAUCAUUCUCGACGGUGAAAUGAUCACUUGGGACCCCAAAGAAGGCGCUCCUGUGCCUUUCGGCACCUUGAAAACAGCAGCUUUAGCCGAAAUGCGAAACCCGUUCGCAGAAGGGCCCCGACCGCUAUUCCGCGUCUUUGAUAUUCUGCUGCUUAACGACAAAGUCCUAAUGCCAUACGUCCUUUCUGACCGCCGACGGGCGUUAGAAGAAUGCGUUCAGUCUGAGCCAGGCCGCCUGGAGAUACACUCAUAUAAGGUCGCAACCAGGCCAGAAGAUGUCGAAGCUGCUCUUCGUGAAGUCAUUGCAGAAGGAUCUGAAGGGUUGGUGCUUAAGAACCCUCGAGGAGCAUACAAGUUGGAUGACCGCACCGGCGACUGGCAAAAGGUCAAACCUGAGUACAUGAAAGAUUACGGAGAAUCACUUGAUUGUCUCAUCAUAGGAGGCUUUUAUGGGUCGGGGAAAAGGGGUGGUCACCUUUCCAGCUUCAUGUGCGGGCUACGCGUUUCUGGCUCUGCACAGGCCCAAAGCCAGAGUCAACAUCAAAGCCAGUCCGAGGAGCAGAGUCGGUCACCAAGCUCUAGCACGUCGAAGAAGUUCGUGUCAUUCUUCAAAGUAGGAGGUGGUUUCAAUGCCAAUGACUACUCCACAAUUCGCCAUCAUACUGACGGUAAGUGGCAUAAAUGGGAUGCUAAACGACCUCCAACGAAGUACAUCGACCUUGGUGGGACUCAAGGGAACCGCGAGAAGCCUGACAUGUGGAUCAAGCCUGAGGACUCGCUCGUGGUUGAGGUGAAAGCAGCACAGGUUGUUCCAAGCGAAGACUACGGCUGUGGCAUGACCUUGCGAUUUCCUCGGUUCAAGAAGCUUCGUCAAGACAAAGACUGGGCUACUGCACUUUCAUUGGAAGAGUUUCAGACUAUCCGGAAGACGAUCGAAGAUACGCUUAAGGAAAAAUCUUUAGCUAUGGACGAGCAGAAGAGGAAAAAACGCAAAGAGACCUCACGGAAGAGAGUUGUCACUGUCGCAGGCUACAAUGCUAAAGAAGUGAACAACGUAAAGCUUCCAGUCGGGCCGCAAGGAAAUGUUUUCGCCGGACUGACAUUUUACAUCAUGACCGAAUCCACACCACCCGCGCCAAAGAAGUCAAAACUGGAACUCGAGGCCCUGGUCAAGGCGAAUGGCGGCAAAAUCGUCCAGACGCACAACGUGGUCAAAGAUACAAUUUGCGUGGCGUCCAGAAGGACAGUCAAAGUCGCGAGUCUCCAAAAGACGGGCGAAAAGGAGAUUGUCAAGCCAACCUGGAUCUUUGACAGUCUGGAUCAAGCGCGCCGUGAUUUUGCGACGGGACAUCCGGAAACAGUGGUGCCAUUUGAACCAGGGCGCCAUCUGUUCUUCACACCAGAGACUCUGGCCGACCAGUGGGUCGAAAACGUAGACGAGUACGGCGAUAGCUUCGCCCGAGACACGACCGUGGACGAACUCAGAGAUAUCAUGGACAAGAUGGACGAUAUUGAAGAUGUCGACCACAAUGGGGAAGAGAGGAGAAUUCAGGAUCUGUUUCCCGAGUAUCUCGAGAUGAAAGGCUUUAUGCUUAGAGAACUCGUGAUAGUCUUUGACACUCCAGCAUCCAACAUGACAACAGCAACAACGAGAACGACGUCGACGUCGACGUCGAAGAAAAACGGUGUGACAGGCUCCAAGCCCAGCACGAACACCGAACAAGAGUAUGUGGACACUACGACGCGCAAUAUCGCAUUAUUCGGUGGAGCGAGCGUCCUUCCUUACACCGACCUGACCGCGAUCCCUGACAAGGUCAAACCCAGCGUGACACACAUCAUUGCUCACCCGAAUUCCGACUUGAAGGCACUGAGACAUGAUGUCUCACAUUGGCCGAGUCGACGAAUUCCUCGAAUAGUCAGAGCGACGUGGAUUCAAGACUGCUGGAAGGAGGGUACCAAGGUCGACGAAGAGCCAUAUGUGGCGAGGUAG